AUGAAUCUUCACGAGCACCAGGCGAAGGGGCUCCUCGCCGAGUACGGCGUCCCCGUCCCGCGGGGCAAGGUCGCGUACAGCGUGGACGAAGCGGUUGCCGCCGCCUCGGAACUCGGCCUCCCGGUGGUGGUGAAGGCCCAGAUCCACGCCGGCGGCCGGGGAAAGGCCGGCGGGGUGCGCCUCGCCCGGACCGAAGCGGAGGUGCGGGCCGCCGCGGACGCGAUCCUCGGCGCCACCCUGGUGACGAAGCAGACCGGACCCGAGGGCCGGCUCGUGCGCCGGCUCCUGGUCGAGGAAGGCGUCGCGAUCGCCCGGGAGCUCUACGUCAGCUUCAUCAUCGACCGCUCGACCGGCCGCCCGCUGUGCAUCGCGAGCGCCGCCGGGGGAAUGGACAUCGAGGAAGUGGCGGCCGAGUCGCCCGAGAAGAUCCUGACCGUGACCGUGGACCCGGCGAUGGGAAUGCAGCCCUUCCAGGCGCGCCGCCUGGCAUUCGGGCUGGGGUUCGAGGGGCAGGUCUUCAAGAACGGCACGAAGUUCCUGACGGCGCUCUACCGCGCCUUCGAGGGACUCGACGCCAGCCAGGUCGAGAUCAACCCGAUGCUGGUGACCGAGGGCGGCGAGGUACUGGCGCUCGACGCCAAGGUCUCGGUGGACGACAGCGCGCUCUUCCGCCAGCCCAAGGUCGCCGCGCUCCGCGACACCCACGAGGAGUCGCCGCUCGAGGUCGAGGCCAGCAAGUACCGCCUCAGCUACAUCAAGCUCGACGGCUCGGUGGGCUGCAUGGUGAACGGCGCCGGCCUCGCGAUGGCGACCAUGGACAUCGUGAAGCUGGCCGGCGCGUCGCCCGCGAACUUCCUCGACGUCGGGGGCGGAGCCAGCGCCGAGCAGAUCGAAAACGCCUUCCGCAUCCUCUCCUCGGACCCCGCGGUGCGGGUGGUGCUGAUCAACAUCUUCGGGGGCAUCCUGCGCUGCGACCGGCUCGCGGAGGGCGUCAUCGCGGCCGUCCGGAAGCUCGGCGUGAGUCUUCCGAUCGUGAUCCGCAUGGAAGGCACGAAUGUGGAACUCGCCCGCCGGAUGCUCGAGGAGUCGGGGCUCGACUUCACCACCGCGGACGGCAUGCGCGACGCGGCGAACCAGGUCGUGCAGAAACUAGACGUGGAGGCCGCAUGA